CAUCUUUAUCUCCGCCCAGGCAUGAUGCAGUGUGUGAUUUGUGUCGGUGAUAAAGUCUUCGAUGUUUUCCUGCAGAUGAUGGCUGAGAAACCCAAGACUAAAGAGCACGAGGAGGAGCUUGAGCGUCAUGCUCAGUUCCUAUUGGUCAACUUUAACCACACCCACAAGAGGAUCCGCAGAGUUGCAGAUAAAUACCUCUCAGGACUCGCCGAAACGUUUCCGCACUUGUUGUGGAGUGGGAGAGUUUUGAAGACGAUGUUGGACAUCCUGCAGACUCUCUCUCUGUCUCUGAGCGCCGACAUCCACAAAGAUCAGCCGUACUACGACAUUCCCGACACCCCGUACAGGAUAACGGUCCCAGACACGCACGAGGCGCGAGAGGGCAUCGUGAAGGACUUUGCCGCUCGCUGUGGAGAGAUCUUGAAGGAGGCCAUGAAGUGGGCCGCCUCCGUCACCAAGUCUCAUCUCCAGGAGUAUCUGAACAAGCAUCAGAACUGGCUGUCGGGUUUGUCUCAGCACACGGGUCUGGCGAUGGCGACCGAGAGCAUUCUCAGCUUCGCGGGAUACAACCGUCAAAGCACGACACUGGGGGCAGCUUUUCCUCAGGUUACCCAGCUGACGGAGCGGCCCUCCUGUGUGAAGAAGGAUUACUCCAACUUCAUGGCGUCGCUCAACCUGCGUAACCGCUACACCGGAGAGGUGGCUGGGAUGCUGCAGUUUGCCAAGGCGACACACAGCGAGUCGAACCCCAGCAAACUGAUGAUCUCUCAGAUGAGCGACGCUCUGGACGCCAAAAACUCUGACGCCUUCAUGCAGAACAUGUUUAAGAUGACCGCUCUGUUCAUCAGCACUAAAGACUGCGAUCUCCAGCUGCUGCAUCAUCUCUGCUCGUCUCCGCUGAAGAUGUUCACGGAGCAGGGCAUGGAGACGGCCAUCGCGUGCUGGGAAUGGCUUCUCGCAGCGCGCAGUGGAGCUGAAGUCCAGUUCAUGCGUGAGAUGGCGGACGCCUGGCAGAUGACCAUCAAGCUGAAGAUGGGCUUGUUCUCGGAGACCGAGUCAGAGGCCGAUCCUUUAGCGGCUUCAGAAGAAAGUCAACCACUGCCUCGUCCACCCAACGUCACACCGCAUUCACUCUGGAUCGAGUUUCUAGUGCAGAGAUUUGAAAUCGCGAAGUACUGCAGUGCAGAUCAGGUGGAGAUCUUCACGGUUCUCCUGCAGAAAGCCCUCUCCAUCAGUGUCGGUGGACCCAAGAGCUGCCUGAACCGACACGUAGCUGCUAUAGGACCCCGGUUCAGGCUCCUGACUCUUGGUCUCACUCUUCUGCAUGCUGAUGUUGUGACCAAUGCCACCAUCCGUAAUGUCCUGAGAGAGAAGAUCUACUCUACAGCCUUCGAUUACUUCAGUGUGGCUCCACGAUUCCCCACUCAGCCGGAGAAACGCCUGCGCGAAGACAUCAGCAUCAUGAUCAAAUUCUACGCGUGUUUGCUGUCGGAUAAGAAGUAUCUCACAGCCAUUCAGCUCGUCCCACCAGACCCUCAGGACGUGUCUGUGAACAGUCUGUCUGUCAUGGCCGUGACGGACUCGAGGAACAGUCUAGACGCGGCUGUGGGAUCCAGACAACAGGCCAAUCAGGGCUGGAUCAACACUUACCCACUGUCCAGCGGAGUCUCCACACUCUCCAAGAAAUCAGGUCUGUCAAAGAAGACGAACAGAGGAACGCAGUUGCACAAAUACUUCAUGAAGCGCAGAACGCUCCUGCUGGCCCUGCUGGCCAGUGAGGUGGAGCGUCUGACCACCUGGUACAAUCCUCUGGGCAGCCAGGAGCUCCAGAUAUCAGCAGAACAGUCUGUGGAAACCAGCAUCGCCAACUGGAGGUCCAAAUACAUCAGCCUGACUGAGAAACAGUGGAAGGACAACGUUAAUCUAGCGUGGAGCAUCGCGCCGUAUCUCGCCCUACAGCUGCCGGCCAGGUUCAAGAACACCGAAGCCAUUUUCUCAGAAGUGACUCGCUUGGUUCGGUUGGAUCCGGGAGCGGUCAGUGACGUUCCUGAGGCUGUGAAGUUCUUGGUGACGUGGCACACGAUUGAUGCCGAUUCUCCUGAGUUGAGUCACAUCUUGUGUUGGGCUCCGGCGGAUCCUCCCACGGGCCUGUCGUAUUUCUCCAGCAUGUAUCCGCCACAUCCGCUGACCGCACAAUACGCCGUCAAAGUCCUGCGCUCCUUCCCUCCUGAUGCUAUUCUGUUUUACAUCCCACAAAUUGUUCAGGCUCUCCGUUAUGACAAGAUGGGGUACGUGAGAGAAUACAUCCUGUGGGCGGCACAGAAGUCUCAGCUUCUGGCACAUCAGUUCAUCUGGAACAUGAAGACCAACAUCUACACCGAUGAGGAGGGACACCAGAAGGACCCGGACAUCGGGGAGCUUCUGGAGCAUUUGGUCGAAGAGAUCAUCGGGUCUCUCUCGGGUCCAGCUAAAGAUUUCUACCAGCGCGAGUUUGACUUCUUCAACAAGAUCACCAAUGUCUCAGCCAUUAUAAAGCCCAUUCCUAAAGGAGACGAGCGGAAGAGAGCGUGUCUGCGAGCGCUGUCUGAUAUCAAAGUCCAGCCAGGCUGUUAUCUGCCCAGUAACCCUGAGGCCAUAGUCCUAGACAUUGACUACAAAUCUGGAACGCCAAUGCAAAGUGCUGCUAAAGCGCCGUAUCUGGCCAAAUUCAAGGUGAAACGCUGUGGAGUGAGUGAACUCGAGAAAGAGGGUUUAUUGUGCCGCUCGGACUCGCUGGAUGAAGAUCAAACCGGAGAAGACGCACAGAAGAUUUGCUGGCAGGCGGCCAUCUUUAAAGUAGGAGACGACUGCAGACAGGACAUGCUGGCUUUGCAGAUCAUCGGCCUGUUUAAGAACAUUUUCCAGCUGGUGGGACUCGACCUGUUUGUGUUUCCGUAUAGGGUGGUAGCGACGGCUCCUGGGUGUGGCGUUAUCGAGUGCAUCCCUGACUGUAAGUCCAGAGAUCAGCUGGGACGACAGACGGAUUUCGGGAUGUACGAUUAUUUCCGUAACCAGUACGGAGACGAAUCCACUCUGGCCUUCCAGAAGGCGAGGUAUAACUUCAUCAGGAGUAUGGCUGCGUACAGUCUUCUGCUGUUCCUGCUCCAGAUUAAGGACAGACACAACGGGAACAUCAUGCUGGACCGACACGGACACCUCAUCCACAUCGAUUUCGGCUUCAUGUUUGAGAGUUCUCCGGGUGGGAAUCUGGGCUGGGAGCCGGACAUCAAGCUGACGGAUGAGAUGGUGAUGAUCAUGGGCGGGAAGAUGGAGGCCACGCCCUUUAAGUGGUUCAUGGAGAUGUGUGUGCGCGGAUACCUGGCCGUCAGGCCGUACAUGGAUGCUGUGGUUGCCUUGGUAACGCUGAUGUUGGACACAGGGUUGCCCUGCUUCCGCGGUCAGGCCAUCAAACUGCUCAAGCAGCGCUUUAACCCUGGAGUGAGUGAGAAGGAAGCAGCGGCUUUUAUCAUCAAAGUCAUUCAGAACUGCUUCCUGAGCAGCAGGAGCAAAACGUAUGACAUGAUCCAGUACUAUCAGAACCAGAUCCCGUACUGAAGGCCAGAGAAGUGUGUGUGUGUGCGCUCUCCUCUCACUGAUGCUA